GCGGCGGGUCAGUCUCCGCCGGGCGCUCCGGGGAUCAGCUGGCGGGCGGGCGGGUGCCGUACGCGGCCCCGGCUCUCGCUGCUGCGCCGCCUCCUUUCCCCGACGCAGGCAGGCCUGGCGGCCGUGACAAUGUUGCGGGGCUGGUAGCUGGGCGCCGGCCGUCGAGCCAUCUCAAGUUUAAACUUAUACGAAUCGCUCUUUUGAGGAGGAGGGGACCGCGGAGGGAUUGACACGCUUAUUCCUAUAGGCAUCCUCCCUCAGCCCCCACCCCCACUGCCGGAUUCGGGUGGCUCCUCUCCGAACUGAAAUCUGAGAAGAAAUCCUUGGAUCUCUUGUUUUCUUUAAAAAAAGAAAAAAAAUCUAGAAUCUGUCGGUAUUUUGCUUUACUGCUUCCUAUUCGCAAGAUGAAGAAGUUUUUCGACUCCCGGCGAGAGCAAGGCGGCUCUGGCCUGGGCUCCGGCUCCAGCGGAGGAGGGGGAAGCACCUCGGGCCUGGGCAGUGGUUACAUCGGAAGGGUCUUUGGCAUUGGGCGACAGCAGGUCACUGUGGAUGAAGUGUUGGCGGAAGGUGGAUUUGCUAUCGUGUUUCUGGUGAGGACAAGCAAUGGAAUGAAAUGUGCCUUGAAACGCAUGUUUGUCAACAAUGAGCACGAUCUCCAGGUGUGCAAGAGAGAAAUCCAGAUAAUGAGGGACUUGUCAGGACACAAGAACAUUGUGGGUUACAUUGAUUCUAGUAUCAACAAUGUGAGUAGCGGUGAUGUAUGGGAAGUGCUCAUUCUCAUGGACUUCUGUAGGGGAGGCCAGGUGGUCAACCUGAUGAACCAGCGCCUGCAAACGGGUUUUACAGAGAAUGAAGUGCUCCAGAUAUUUUGUGACACCUGUGAAGCUGUUGCCCGCCUCCAUCAGUGCAAAACUCCUAUUAUUCACCGUGACCUGAAGGUUGAAAAUAUCCUCUUGCAUGACCGAGGCCACUACGUCUUGUGUGACUUUGGAAGCGCCACCAACAAAUUCCAGAAUCCACAAACUGAAGGAGUGAAUGCAGUAGAAGAUGAGAUUAAAAAAUACACAACGCUGUCCUAUCGGGCACCAGAAAUGGUCAACCUGUACAGUGGCAAAAUCAUCACUACGAAGGCAGACAUUUGGGCUCUUGGAUGUUUAUUGUAUAAAUUAUGCUAUUUCACUUUGCCAUUUGGAGAGAGUCAGGUGGCAAUUUGUGAUGGAAACUUCACAAUUCCUGAUAACUCUCGAUAUUCCCAAGACAUGCACUGCUUGAUUAGAUAUAUGUUGGAACCAGACCCUGACAAAAGGCCAGAUAUUUACCAGGUCUCCUACUUCUCAUUUAAACUACUCAAGAAAGAAUGCCCAAUUCCGAAUGUACAGAACUCUCCCAUUCCUGCAAAGCUCCCUGAGCCAGUGAAAGCCAGUGAGGCAGCUGCAAAGAAGAGCCAGCCAAAGGCCAGACUGACAGAUCCCAUUCCCACCACAGAGACUUCCAUUGCGCCCCGCCAGAGGCCUAAAGCUGGGCAGACUCAGCCAAACCCAGGAAUCCUUCCCAUCCAGCCAGCACUGACACCUCGAAAGAGGGCCACGGUUCAGCCCCCACCGCAGGCUGCAGGAUCCAGCAAUCAGCCUGGUCUUUUAGCCAGUGUUUCCCAACCAAAAACCCAGCCCCCAUCUAGCCAACCUCUACCACAAUCGCAGCCCAAGCAGCCACCGGCUCCACCCACCUCACAGCAGACGCCUUCCACUCCUGCCCAGGGUCUGCCCACUCAGGCCCAGGCAACACCCCAGCACCAGCAGCAGCUCUUCCUCAAGCAGCAGCAGCAGCAGCAGCAGCAGCAACAGCAACAGCAGCCGCCACCGCCAUCACAGCAGCCAGCAGGCACGUUUUACCAGCAGCAGCAGGCCCAGGCUCAACAGUUUCAGGCAGUACACCCAGCAACUCAGCAGCCAGCAGUUGCCCAGUUCCCUGUGGUGUCUCAAGGAAGCUCUCAACAGCAGCUGAUACAGAACUUCUACCAGCAGCAGCAGCAGCAGCAGCAGCAGCAGCAGCAGCUCGUCACAACCCUGCAUCCACAGCAGCUGCUGACUCAGCAGGCCGCCUUGCAGCAGAAGCCCGCUGCGGGAGCAGUACAGCAGCCCCAGGCACAGCCGGCCGCAGCCCCACAGCCAUCCCCUGCUCAGGAGCCCGCGCAGAUUCAAGCCCCAGUAAGACAACAGCCAACAGUUCAGACAACGCCACCUCCUGCCGUCCAAGGACAGAAACUUGGAUCUCUCACUCCUCCAUCAUCCCCCAAGACCCAACGUGCUGGACACAGGCGGAUUCUCAGUGAUGUAACCCACAGUGCAGUCUUCGGGGUCCCUGCCAGCAAAUCAACCCAGCUGCUCCAGGCAGCUGCAGCUGAGGCCAGUCUCAAUAAGUCCAAGUCUGCAACCACCACUCCAUCAGGUUCUCCUCGGACCUCCCAGCAAAACGUUUAUAAUCCUUCAGAAGGUUCUACGUGGAAUCCCUUUGAUGAUGACAAUUUCUCCAAACUCACAGCUGAAGAACUACUAAACAAGGACUUUGCCAAACUGGGGGAAGGCAAACAUCCUGAGAAGCUUGGAGGCUCAGCUGAGAGUUUGAUCCCAGGCUUUCAACCAACCCAAAGUGACGCUUUUGCCAGCUCCUCAUUUUCUGCUGGAACCGCUGAAAAAAGGAAGGGUGGGCAGACUGUGGAUUCUAGCCUCCCACUUCUCAGCGUAUCUGAUCCUUUCAUUCCUCUUCAAGUACCUGAUGCACCAGAAAAGCUAAUUGAGGGACUCAAAUCUCCUGACACCUCUCUUCUGCUCCCUGACCUCUUGCCUAUGACAGAUCCUUUUGGUAGCACUUCCGAUGCUGCAAUUGAAAAAGCUGAUGUUGCUGUUGAGAGUCUCAUACCAGGACUGGAGCCCCCAGUGCCCCAGCGCCUCCCAUCUCAGACGGAAUCCGUGACCUCAAACUGCACAGAUUCUCUCACCGGGGAAGAUUCCCUGAUCGAUUGCUCUCUGCUUUCUAACCCUACUACUGACCUUCUGGAAGAGUUUGCCCCCAUAGCGAUCUCUGCUCCAACCCAUAAAGCUGCAGAAGAUAGUAAUCUCAUCUCAGGUUUUGAUGUCCCUGAGGGCUCGGACAAGGUGGCAGAAGAUGAGUUUGACCCUAUUCCUGUAUUGAUAACCAAAAACCCACAAGGUCUCCAGAGAGAGCCCAAUCCCUGUCCUGUAAUAACUGUAGAGCACUUUAAAGAAUCAGCCGGUGUUAAAGGCCUUCCCCUCUAUCCAGACCCCUCCAGAGUAACUGACACGAAAACUCAGAACAAUUUAGAAUCCGACUACUUGGCCAGAGAUGGCCCUUCAAGCAACAGCUCAUUCCACAGCAGUGAAGAGGAAGGGACUGACCUUGAGGGGGACAUGCUGGACUGCAGUGGGUCUCGACCUCUCCUCAUGGAAUCUGAAGAUGAAGAUGAGAGCUGCAAGCCUCCGCCGGGGAAGCUGGGAGCAGCCGUUCCAUUCACUCAGCCAGAAGUCUCUGCUGAGCAAGCAAAGGCAGUGCAAGGUGGAAGAAAGAACCAGUUUCAAGCUCUCAUACAGCCAACCACUGAUGGUGUCGGUGAGCCAGAUGUUUUUGCCACAGCCCCCUUCAGGAGCUCGAGGGUUUCAGCUGAUGAAAUGGACAUUUUCUCCAAAGCCCCAUUUGUCUCCAAGGGAGGUGUGGCUCCUUCCCAGCCAGAGGAGGCGGACGUGUUCUUGAGAGCCCCUUUUACCAAAAAGAAAAGUAUGGAGGAGUUAACAGUUGCCCAGAGCACCUCUCAGGAGGUGCCUGUGCAGGCCGGUCUUCUCAGUCAGACAGACGAUGUCACUCUGCUCUCAGGCCUUGACAGAGCAGCGUAUGCCUCUGUCCGAUCUCAGUAUUCCAUGGCUGGAUUUGCCCAGCACUCCAGCCUCCCUUCCCAUUCUGUACAAGCAGCAGACCAUCUUGACAGCAUCUCACCCAGGGGAUCCUCUCUGGAAUCUGGGGGCCACCCUAAUGACAGAAACAAAGGACUUCAGCCCCAGAAAGAAGCUGUCUCAGGCCCCAUGGCUGGCAAACCAUUCCGUCCCCAGUCUUUAUCCAAAUACUCCCGUCACUAUAGCCCAGAAGAUGAGCCAAGUCCCGAAGCCCAGCCCAUCGCUGCCUACAAAAUUGUUUCGCAAACCAACAAGCAGUCCAUAGCUGGUUCUGUUUCCAUCACAUCCCUUUCCUCCAGGACUACGGAGCUGCCAGUUGCUGAUCCUUUUGCUUUAGCGCCCUUUCCUUCAAAAUCAGGCAAGCAGAAACCUUAAGAACGAUACCUGAGCCGUAGGCCUCUGUCUCUGCCCCACCUUGAAUAACCCAGCACACCACUCCCAGCUGAGCCUUCCUAAGAAGAAAUGUAUGUUGUUAUCUUUAAGUUUCUUGGGUCAGAGCAAAACGUCAGUCAACAAACUCAAGUGCAAAACCCCUUUAAGUAUGCUCAUUUCUUUUUAUAUUGAUUUCUGGACUUUCAGGCAUUUCCAUCUUCACCUCUACCCAGAACUUGGCUUCCCCCUGCCCACCGCCCCCCAGAAACUAUUUAAAUCCAGAAACACUUAAUGAACCCAACCCCAAAGGGGCCAUGUGAUCACUAGUUUUAAUUCCUGCAGUCCUGUUGUGAGUCACGUCCACUGAGGAAUCAAUAUCAAGCCCUCCAGGACUUGAUUGAAUACUUUUGAAAAGAGGAUAUUUCUGGAAAGAGAUGCAAGGUGAAAAUCCUGCAUGUCAAGAGGAAGUGUAAUCCUGCAGAUGUAAUCAUUCCUGUAAAACCAGCAGCUGUAGGGGUCUCUGCAUCUGUUUCCGAGUCUGCGCCAGCCAGGCUGGCUCUCAUGCAUGUAGUGCCUGUGGGUGUUUAGUGUGUGCCAGACCUCUCCUGUGUAGAAGCGCAAGCAGAUGAGAAAUCUGUGCUCAUAUCGCAUACCGUUGAGCCUUCCCUACAUCCACGCUGCUUUGUAAAUCAGUGUGAGUGCACAGGUUGUGUGUGUGCAUGCGCACGUGUGCGUGCGCUCACAGGAAGCAUUUUUUCUUUCUGAUAAUCCUGUCCCACCAGGCCUACCUCCACACUCACUCACUCACUGGCAUUUGUCUCCUGCACUAACUUACUUGAACCCUAUUUUUAUUUAGUUCUUUUCUCAUGACAAAAUUGAUUUCAUUGGAAGAUGUAGGAGAAUCCUGCUGAAGCAGGUUUCAGGUUAGAUUUCUUUUUCUCCCCAGUUUGCUAUUUGUGAUUAACAAAUUCCAUUUACCUGGUCAUGAAAAAUUAAUUAUUUUUCUGUAUUUUUUCCCCUCAGAACAAUAUAAAAGAGCACGUUAUAGAUUCUACCACUGGGUAUAUGGUCUUAUUAAUUUUUAAAAUACUUAAAAACAUCGGUCUGAGCACUCCAUGCUGUCAUUAUGGAAUUAAUUCAUGAUAAGAGUAGGCUACAAACUAGAUUUGCUUAUUUGUUUGUUCCAAAUCCUUGCCAUCUUUCUGUACUGCCUCUUGAGGAAAUAUAAAUCUGAGACUUGUAAAUAAGUUUUUAUGGGAGAAUGGAAAAGAGCUGAAUCUGUUAGCUAUGAAAACCUUUAUUCUCCCCCUCUUUAGAUGUUGAAGUAAGCCAGAUAGAUGAAUGACUUGUGUCUUUGAAAUGUCAUCUCUUUCUAGAAAGAUCUGACUCAUUCCUAGCUGGUUUCAUACCCCUUAGUGUUAGUGCCUUAAAAUGAAAUUUAUGUCUCAGUGGGAAGAUUUCUGCUGAGGAAAUUCAACUUUAUGGAAAGAGUUCCCACACCAUGUUUCAAUGUGAAAGCUUCUGUGACUUAGUAAAUGUUAGCAGUUUUUUUCCCCAUUAGCUGGAGAAAUCAAGGGGGUUGCUUACCAAACAAGAUUAAUGAUUUAAGAAUUCCUGGAAAUUUGUCCAAGAAUAAAGCCUGAAGGUCAAAUUCUAUUGCAAUUGAUGAGGUGUGAUAGUCUUUAAAUUUAAAGAUCGUGGAUCUUGGCAGUAAACUAUGAACAGCUGCUUUCCAAGACUUUUCCUCCGUUUGUCUCCACCUAUUUCAAAUGUUCAGGUUAAAAGAUAAAUAAUUGAUACUGAACCAGGGCUACCAGCAAUGGUUUUCCAACUGAGGUUUCUUCGUGCCAGAAAUGAAUGUCUUUUACUCUGUUAGAUGAUAAAUGUUCGUUCUAAGAGAUUUCUUUCUCCCAGUGAUCAUUGCUGACUUUUCUGUGUGAUGUGGAUGCAAAACUAUCUUUCCAGUUAAAUGAAUAGUUUUAGCUAAUGCACAGGGACUUUUGCAUCUCAAACUCUUCCCUUUGACAUUAUCAAUUAAAGUCUCCAAAGGCAGGAGCCAAGAGGACAGAAAUACUCAGGAGAGUUUUACUCAGGAGAGUUUUCACCCCAAAUCAGAAACUCUUAAAAAGAAGGCCCUGAUUCAUUCUUCCAAGUAUUCAGGAUUACCUCUAUAACAACCCUGCAAAAUGUUUUUCCUUUGGUUAUUUGAUCGCAUCCCCCAAAUUAAGUAGCUAUUUUAGUUUUCAAGAUAAAAUCAAUAAAAUGAUGGUGAUUUUUGUUAUGUAGUUGAAUCAUUUGUCAAGCAUGGACUCGUAACCUGUUUUUAGUCUCAUGGAGGCCUAUGAUGGUUGGAGACUCUAAAUAACUUCUUUGAUUAGGAAAUGAAUGUAAACACAAAUUACUGUUGUAUUCUUAAUGAUACAUGAAAAUGUUUUGACUAUGGGAUGACAUUAUUAGCUAAUAACUAGUGAAAUCAGCAAUGAUCUUUGGAUCAUGUAGGGUAAAUGCAUCAUUGAAAGAUAAAAUGUUCUUGCCAGAGGCCAAGAAUCUGAAUCUGGAAAUUUGGAAAAUUUCGUUUUAAGGGAAUUAGGAGUGCGCAGGUGCUUUGAAUUGAUUUAGCAGUAAUGCAUGUUUCCAACAACUACACUGCCAUAGGUUAACAUUAAAUAGAAAAAAAUACAUAGUCAACAAAAUACUACACUUCUUGUUUUAAUUUGUUUCAUGUGUUACUUUACACAUCUGCUAGGGAAUGCAGGCACGUGUUAACUUGCAUUUCAGUGGAGUGCAGUGAGCCAGAAUACAUUGAGAAUAAAACAUUGAACCACAGCAUGCACGGAUGAACUCUUAAAGAAUUUACAUUAAUUGACUAACAGGCAAUAUUGAAAUAAUGAAUUAUCUUACAUGUGGUGAAAAAUAUUUAACAUAUCUAUUUUUGGGGCUCACAUAGAGCCCUUCCAAAUCCUUGUUAGACUGGGAAAUGGAAUGAAUAAGAUUUGUUGCUAAAGCAGAUGCUUGCCAGGACCUAAGGAAAUCUAGGUCAUAAAUCCUAUUUCACUUUGGGCCCGCUCAUUGUUGAGUUGAAAUAUUCAGAUGUGUAGGUUAAUGAGUGUGUGUUUAUCUUGCCCGUAAUGUGAGUUUAAUUUGGCAACCAAGAUACUUCCUUCUAAACUUUGGGGAAAAAUACCAGUAUCUUACUGACCUUAUUUAAGUUUUAGAAUACAUGUAUAUGAGUGUUUUCAGCGUGUAUAUAUGAUGUUCAACAGACAUUUCACUGAUUUCAGUUUAUUUAAGUGUAAUUACCAGAGUGACCUGACAAUAGAAAUUCAAUCAUGCUAUUUCAUUCCAUAAAGAAAAGUCACCUAGAUUCUAUAAUAUGUAUGAAUUAUAUCAAAUAGGAAACUUUAUCAUAUAGGAAACUAGAGAAGGGUGGGAUCAAACUCUCUAACAGGGAAGAUACAAUUUAAAAUGGAGUCACUUAGAUCCCUUUAAUGUUUUUCUGUGUCUUUGGAAUUGAACUUGGAGAACAUAUGCCAAUCAACUGUGGAAUGGCUGCUGUCUGCACAGAUGCAGUUUUUGAAAAAACUGAAAAAUGUUCUGAAAAAUAUGGAACCCAGAUUAUUUUGAUUUAAGGGACAUGGGAGAGCUGCUGAAAGGUCCACCACAGCUUCUAAGGAGGCAGGAGCACCUUGUAAACGCCACGGUCACCCCGAGUUCUGAUCCUCCAAUCCUGCCUGAUGGAGUAAAUAAGAUUUUAAAGGAAAUCAUGUAAUAUAAAAUCUUAGUUUUUUCAAUGCCUUUGUCAACUGCUACUUGUAGUUUGUUUUUUUGUUCCUUUUUGUGUUUAGCCAACAGGACACUUGCAAACUUGUGACUUCUGAAGUUCACUUAAGGAAGAAUUUCGAAAUGCUUGAAAAUAAAAAAUAGUGUCUGGUUGGGAAUUGUUCAUGUGUUUUUUGCUACAAAAUAAAUUUGCUAGGUUGCUGAGAAAAACAAGCUGGCUCAGUUUAGAUGUGGGAAUUUACACUGGCUGUGUCUUGAUUCCCAGAAUGCCAUCUUGCUCUGACUUCCUGGUCUUACCUGCCUCAUUUGCACCUUGACUUUUAUUAGGAAACAGGCCCCCCACUUGCGAUACCCAAGAUCCUGUCAUUAAAACGCUGCCAGACAUAGCUCUUUCCUGCUCUUUCAUUACCCCUGCAAGUCUUCCUAGCUCAUCUUCCUUAUUUCUGUUCCCACUUCAUUUCCUCACAUGACAUUCCCCUAUUAUGACCAUACCAAUAAGUUGAUAAGAGGUAUGAUUGAAUGAUUGUGUUGCUUUUUAUUUGCCUCCCUUUCUACUAUAAAAAGUUUCUUCUUAAAUUUCAGCUUAGCUUGUGAUAAUCUCACCACACUGGAAUAAUUCAAAAUAAGAAUGAAAUGGCUCACCUUCCCCAUUUCUUACAGACUGGAAUAAAGGGUGAAGGAACGUUGUCAGAAUCCCAUCCUUACUCUGUGGAAACAGCCCAGAGUGCCCUAGGAUGCAGGGGCAAGUUUAAUGUGUGAAGGUACUCUAGCAUAGCUUAUAAAAAUGGCUAAAUGUUAACCACACUGGUGGCUCGGCCCAGUAUCCCCAUAACUUGUAAUUACACAAGUAAUUUAGUCUUGAGCUACUUCCCAGCAAUCUCAAUAUGUGUGACACUGUUGGGUUUAUAGUAACAAUGUUUUGUUCUUGAAAUCAAGUCAAUGUUGUCUGCAUUGCAUUGUAACACAACUAUAUAUGUAAGUUAAAAGGAUCUGUUUGAUUCCUUUGGGCAAGGAAUUGCAGAAAUGGUGUUUAUCAAUAUCAGCUAAAGUGACACUUCGAGAGUGAAAAAUGAUGUAGCUUUUCACUUUGAAAUGGCAAGUCAGUUGUAUUCUGAGUCUACCAAAGACUCCUGUUUGAGGAGUGUGAAUGGGGUGUGUGUGUGUGUGUGUGUGCACAAGUGUGCAUGUGUGUAUCCUAUGCUUUCUGCUAUGGUGUUAAGACCUCCUAAUAAAGGCAUCCAAAGAAUAUCAAGAGAUGACAGUCCAUACUUGGCAUGAGUAAAUUUGCUUCCCUUUGCCAACGGCUCUCUAAGAACUAAAGUUGUCCUAGAUAAAGGUGGGAAAAAUCAGCCAUCGCCUGAGCCUCAUUUCCACAGUAAGUAUGUUCUUCCCAUCCAUGAGAAUGAAACUCAGUAGGGUAUGUCCUGAAUUCUUGGCUCAUGUGUAGUGUUGGAAGGGACACAGUGACAAGAAGACCACAAGGCUUGCAAGAUGUUAUUUUGCAAGAGGGAAUGAAGUCAUUUUUUAGGUGCUGGAAACCAAAUACAGGCCACGGGCCAUGCUCAUUCCAUGCAGAAGAAGUGAACUCCCUUAACUGUGUUUUGAGUUGACUGAAUGAGCAGGUUGACUCAGCUCUAAGGACUAUUGAGGCCAUCACUCCUCAGAAAACAGUAUAUGCAUGCAAUCUCAAUGGCUGUGAACAUGGGAAAGGAAGGGGAAAAGACAAUUAUAAAGUCAAUCUUAACAGUUUUUGCAAUACCUCUUAUUUGCAGACUAUUUGGAUUUAUGUUAUUGAAAUCCUUGUGUGAUCUAUCUUAUGUAUCUGACAGUUUUAUGAAUAAUUAUUUGAGUUGUAAACUCCUAUAUACUUUAUUAAAAUGGACAUAAUUAAAUGAUUUAUACUUUGUAUUGUUUCUUAUGUCAGA